CAAUCGAGUGGGUGUACCUCAAUACCUCAGACACUGCCAAACACCUGAAACCGUAUUGAAAGAACAAGAAUCGAAGCGAAAAAAACUGUACUCCUCGCGUAAAAGAUUUUGGAUAUUGGAAUUUGUUGGGUGUUGUACAAUGCGGUGCAAAUUAUGAAUUUGCUGUCUACCGUCAACUAGUUUGGAUGUGUGGUUUGUCAUCCAAUUGUUAUUCGGAACGUCUUGAAGGUCGCUGAAUAUAUCACCACACCCGAAUUUUAUUUCAAAAGAUAGAUCUCAAUUAAACAUACUAAAUGUUGCAUGAAUUAUUACUUGCUUUACAUGGAAUUUCUGGCGGUAUAUUCGUUCAGUCGGAUAAGAAAACCGAAGAAGAUGAGGAUUUAGGUCUAGACCAACAUUUAAUACCCAUAUCAAAUAAUCUUCCUUUUGUACCACAAGGUGAACUUGUUCUUUAUGCAGAAUUAUUAAAACUUGGAACUUGCUAUAAAUAUUUGCAAGAAUUUAUUGAACGCUUUUCCAAAUCAUAUCAUGGUUUAUAUUUAUCUGCAUUUGCAUUCGGAAUUGAUGAUUCACUUAAAGAAUACAGAACAGAUCUAUGUACACUAGAAACAGAACUUCUGAUGGAUGCUGAUCUUGGUGUUUCACACUUUUCUUACCGUCUUCAUCCCUAUAAGAUUUUACUACCUGUACUUGUGAAGAUCACUAAAAAGGUGGAAAAUGUAGUUACAAACCCUCAAACUACCGGUGUUAAGUCUAGCUGUCGGCUUUUAGAUACAGUAUUAUCAGCUGCACCUCCUGGUCUGCCAGGUCCACGAUUCACGAUCCAAAAGCUAGUUUCUCACAUUAUGCGGGUAUUUUUACGACAAUUAUCUUCAUGGGUUUUGUAUGGUGUUCUUCAUGAUCCUUAUUCUGAAUUUUUCAUCAAGUCAGCAAAUCUUACUUCUGUCUCUACCCGCGCGGAUCCAUCCGAUCUACAGGGUCAUUUUAAUGAUCUUUCAAUGAAGAGUGACUUUGUGAAAACAAAAACUACAUUUUUUAUAGAUAAUGGCAAUCUACCAUCAUUUCUACCAACUUCGUUUGCUCAAAGAGUGCUUGCAACUGGUGAGGCUGUGUAUUCUGCCACCUAUGAUCCAUUAGAAGCUUCUUUUUUACUGAAAUUAGAAGAAACUUAUUGUCCUCGUUUUAAGGAACUGUCAACUUAUUCAGAAGAAAAUUCAGAUGAAAUCCAUUCAACUAGAAAAACCUUCAGUAGCCUGAUCGAUGUUAAUGAAAUCCAUAGUUUAGUAUGUGAUAUACAGAGUGUUGUCUCAUAUCAUGUUUGGUGCAGUUUAAUGAAAGAACACAAAUUACUUCAAUACCUUCGCUUAGUUAAAGAUGUACUACUUUUAGGAAGAGGCGAAUUAUUUUUGGCAUUCCUUGAUCAUAUAAAUAUUUUAAAUAAUCUCAGCAACAGUAGUGAUUCACGCUCUGGGACGAAUUGUGGAAUUGGACAUAACAUUUUAGACCGACAUCCCCCAACAAAUGAAAGUGAUAUUCAAGCUCUUGAAUAUGAUGUUACUGAAGCGUUUCUAGGAGCAGCUCGUUCUUUAGGCAUGGAUGAUGAAGAAUUAGAUUCCAAGUUUAAAUUUUUAAUAAAAUUAACAGAAACUCAAUCAAAUGAAUUGUUUGAAAAUCGAACAGUUUGGGAUUGUUUACAUUUAUGCAUUAUUGUUCCACCGGUAUUUGAAUGUUUGUUCUCUCCUAAUAUUUGUCGUGCUUAUGACAAAUUAUUUCAAUUUCUAUUCGCUAUCCGUCGAACACAAUUACAGUUACAACAGUUUUGGGCUGAUCAAAUUCUUUUAUGGCGUCGUACUAUUGCUCGUGAUCGAUUCACUGUAAAUUAUGCUGAAAUACCACCAUCAAAUAAUGAUUUUACUAAAUUGCAAUCUUGUAUAAGUCGACGCCUUCUAGUUCGCAGUCAUAUGGCAUUUAUAAUUGAGAGUCUACAGUAUUAUUUACAGGUUGAUGUUAUUGAAGCACAAUUCUCACACUUGAUUCAUCGUUUAAACAAUGAUCAAGAAAUUCAAUUAAUUCAGAUUGCACAUGAAGCCUAUUUGGCUGGUUUACAAGCACAAGCAUUAUUGUUUAUGCCAAAUAUAAAAUCAUGUAUAUUACAGUUAUUGAAUUGUUGUUGUCAAUUUGUGAAUUUAUCAAAUCAACAAUAUUACAAUCAUCAUUUAACAAAUAUAGAUGAUAACCACAGUAAUGUAAAUCAUAAUCAUGAACAAUUUUCUAAUGAAGAACAAGAGAUUGUGAAUAAAUUUUAUACUCAAGCGAAAUUGCUAUAUGAUUUAUUAAAUAUUUCUUGUUUAACCGGUGCUAAAAGUAGUGUUAGUUUCAAUUCUGGUCAUCGUCAAACUUCCGGACUAUUAUCGUCAUCUGGUACUGCUACUACUACUACUACUACUACGGCUAGUACCACUAAUCCUCAUUACUAUCCGGGCACAACAGAUUUAAAUCAAUUAUUGUUACGAUUAGAUUUUAAUCAUUUUUAUAGUGACUCACCAGAGAAUUUGAUUUGAAUUGUGUUGUCAAUCAGUGAUGAGUAUGUAGAUUGUUUUUGUAUUGUUUAUAUUUCUAUUGUUUUAGCCUUUUAUAUCAUCAUGCAUUUAUCCAUCAAAUUACUACUUAAUCUAAUUUUCUUUUUUUUAUGGAAUUGUAUAUUUGGUAAUGGUGAAAAAGUCAUACAAAUAGAAUAUAAAAU